AUCUAGUUCUUUUCUCUGCUCCCCGAGGUCCCUUCUUCCCUAACCCGCUCUCUUCAGAUCUACUACUGCUUCAAUUCAACACUUUUUCUUUGCUCUAGUCUCCACCAUUGCUACUUUUCUCGCCAUUCUCAGAUCCCACUGCUUUUGCGCAUUCCAGAGAUUAUACUUUCUAAUGGCGGCACUCCCAAAAUUCUGUAUCGCCCUGCUUUUUGCGUUCUCCUUGGUGGGACUCUCCGUACCUGCACAUGCUCCCGAUAGUUCACCCAGUCCGGCACCAGCAUUUGGCGCCGAAUCUCCGCCGCCACGGGCCCCGGAAUCGAACGUUCGAGCUCCGGUGAACCCGCCGUCGACUUUAUCUCCCCCGGCGCCUUCUCCAGAAAAUCUCCCUCCAGACUCCUCCCCGACUCCAAAAUCACAGGCUCCGACGCCGAAGCCUCGGCCAGUUGCUGACAACAUCAAUCCGGGAAAGAGUUCCGGCAGCGUAAAAGAAGAAAAGAGCUCGUCCGACGGGAUGAGCAGGGGCAAGAAAGCGGGGAUCGUGGUGGCAGUAAUAGUGGCGGCAGUGCUGGUAGUAGUGGCCGGGUUGGUGUACAAGAAGCGCCGGGACAACAUUCGGAGAGGUCAGUACGGGAACGCGCUGAGGAGAGAGAUACUGUGAAAAGGCACCGUGGGGUUCCACUUCCUAUCAACCAAUACAAAAUUUCAUGAGCAGAGAGAGGUUUCAGAAUUUUAUUUAUAUAAUUUACUAAUAUAGCUAGGCUUAUUGAAUAC